AUGUCCAACUCAAUUUCUGGUACGUCGAAUGAGACAGCUGAGCCAGCGGAUACAACAGCAGCGGCCGCCAGUAACCAAUCCCACCACCACCACCAAUCGACUUCGACGCCGUCUAAACUAUCUCGCGACUCUUCAAUACCCUCAAUACCCACCAAUACAACCAAUACCACCACAACAAAGAGACUCCAACCCAGACGAACCCCCACGCCGUCUGCCGCAAACAGCCCUUCACCUUCGCGAGAAUCGUCUCCUGUCCGCCCUUCACUAAACAACAAAUCUACCUCGUCGACAACUCGGUCUGCCGGUGAUCGUUCGAGAAAGAACAGCGUACAGGACGUUAGUCCCUCGCGUUCGUCCAGCACUCAUACAAACCCACCAUCUGCUGCCGCUACUCAAAGAGCUCUAUCUGCUGCGUCUAUACCCACUUUACACCCAGGGGUGUCGGAGCCCAUCAUACGAGCUCCAGUUGCACAGAAACCGUCAAUUACUUCAGAGAUCAAGGACACCCCUCGCUGGCCCAUAUCCCCAAGACUUAGAUCACCUCCCCCUACAAACACGCCAUCCAUCAUUUCACCGCGGAAACCCGAGCAGGAGGGCCCGGCCAUCAAUGUUCAGCGACUAUCGAAGGCACCAGAGAAAUCAGAAGGAAAGCAACCACAGACGGACUCCGGGGUAGAAGAUUCACUUUUAGCACCGGGAAUGAGAACGCCGGCGAGGGGUGCCAGCGGGGCUAGUACUACAUUGGAGACUGUACAAGAGAUCAGCCAGCCAAAUACUCCUGCAAGGAGCUUUGAUGGCUCCGAGAAGUCGGAAGAUGGUUCAUACGGAGCUCCAUCCGAAGACGGGUCCUCUGUUUCUACUAUCAGAGCUACUUCUAGCUUUCCUACUGCGAACGAGAGCGGAAGCGAGAGCGGCGGCAAGGGCGAGAUUAAGAUGAGGAGUGCAACUGCUCCUCCAGUUACAGCAUUACGGCCGGGUGGUCCCGCCACAAAGUCCUUCUCCGUAAGCGCUGGCGCUGGUAGAGGGAAACCGUCAGGGGAGUCAACCAGGAACAUGACAGUGGAGGCGGAGACUGUCAGCUCCGUACCGCAAGUCAACGUAAGUGGGCAAGGUGCCAGCGGUAGCAUCCGUGCGAAACCAAGCUCCGAGACAAUACGGCCGAAGAAAGAAAAGAAGAAGACUGGCCGGAAGACUCCGUCAGUAACUUCUGGCACGGGUGAGCGUCCACAUUCGUCUAGAUCCCAACAUCAUCAUUCUACAAGAAAGGUUACUGCUCCUUGGUCACAUGAUUGGGCGUACGGUCAAGGCUCGUAUUCGCCACCAAGCAGUGGUGAACCAAGUCCUGUUCAUCAAGUCCAACAUAGUCAAUUUGUUGUUCCAGUAUCUCGAAAAUCAAGUAUAAUGAGCAUUAGUAGUGUAAGUUCUUUGCUAAUCAGAACCCGUCCAGCAUCCUCAAAAGCAGAUAUCUUUGAAGCCAAAGUCGCCAGCGCGGUCGACGAAGCAGAUUCAUCGGACUCCGAGGAGACCUUUGUCUACGAAUCGAAUCCGCCAGACUCCAGCGAUCAACCCCGACGCUAUCACUCUCGAACGCCCAGUGCCACUUCUAUGGCAAGUCAGGCAGACCAAAGGAAAGGCUCCAGAUCUGUGGUUGAUGGCGGUCACAGCGUGGCUAUGAAGAAAAGUAUGAAAUUUGCACACUCAUCUUACAACAGUACCGGCCAAGAGACGACCACAGGCGAAGACGACGGCAAAGGUACAGCACGAAGUAACCUAGGUACGGGUAGAGGAACAACACAUCAUCACCACAUCGGUCGAUGGGGUCGAAAUGGUGGUAAUGGCCACGCAUCCAUCUUUGAUAACGAAUCUCCUUUUCCAAGUGCAACAAAAUCAAAAUUAUCGGGAAAUGCAUCUAGACAAUCAUCACGGCCUACAAGUCCGAAAUAUUCGAAUACGAGAACGGUGGGUAAUGGAAAGAAGUCUUCGCCGAUUCUGUCGGGGUAUGAUUUAGAUGAUGGGGCGGAUGAUGAGCGUACACCAUUAAUUCCGACUGUUCGCUCGGCAAGAUCUAAUAAUCGAGGUCGACGACCGGGUGGAUCUUCGAUGCGUCAACUGGAACACCAAGCGUCGAGACAAAAUCAGUCGUUCUUUGCAAGAUUUGCAGGAUGUUUCGUGCUUUCGAUGAUGAUAAUUUUGGUAAUAUCCGGAGCUGUUGGGUUCAUGUUUGCGACAACUCAGCCUCUUACCGAAGUCAAGGUGUUGUCUUUGAAGAAUGUCCUUGCAAGUGAACAAGAUGUCAUCUUCGACAUGCUGGUACAGGGAAGGAAUCCAAACAUUGUGGCUGUUGUUGUGGAUUCAUCAGAUUUGGUCCUUUUCGCCAAGUCAAAAUAUGCCGGUACAGAUUCAGAGUGGUGGGCGCAUGCUCCAAGACCUGAUGAUAUACUUCGACGAGGACUCCGCAAACGAGACGAUGAUCCUUACGAUCCGCCCCUUGGAAAGGAUCCUUCUACAAACCCAAACCUGGAAAUCGGUCACGUCUACGAACUCGACAGCCCAUUAACAUUCGAGGGGUCUCCAUUCCAUCACACAAAGUCCCAAAGUAUGGGUCAGAUUCGCAUUGAUCACCCGGGCAACAAGACCAGCCCCGCGGGGAGCCAGCGAUGGGGGAGAGUGUUGCAGCACGAGUUCGAACUGAUUGUUCGAGGAACACUCAGGUACACACUUCCUUUGAGCCAGCGUAUUAGGAGUAUAUCCGUCGAGGGCCGAGCGAUGGUUAAACCGAAUGCCGCGGACCAAGAUCCUGAUCUUGUGCAUAUAAUACAGGGUCUAUCUGCGAGCACGGCACGUGGUUAA